AUGAAGGAGUUUAAUUGUUCAAAGUCUGGGUUUAAAAGGGUUUUAAGAAAUGGAAGUUAUUUAAAAGUUGAUGUACGGACAGGUUGUCGUGCAUCUGUUCAAUUUGAUUUAGAUGGGAAUGGGAUGUGGAUUGUGACAAAGCACCAGAAGCUUCAUAAUCAUGAGUUUGUUCCAACGACCAAGAGUUAUCUUCUACGGUCACAUAGAUCAGUGUCUAGAAAUCAUCUUUCCUACCUAAAGGAUUUGAAGAAGAGCGGUGUUUGUGUGGCUGAUGGUUUACGGUUUCUUAAAACACAAUCAGGGGGGUCACCACUCGUUGGUUUUACAAGCAGGGAUGCAUAUAACUCGCUGUGCACUGAUGUAUUGAACAAUUUGAAUGGAACCGACUCAAACACAUUAAUUGAAAUAUUUAGACAAAGGCAGUCAAGUGAAAAAGAUUUUUUCUUCGAUUUCGAAGUGGAUGAUGAGUCAAGGUUGUGCAGCUUUUUUUGGAGAGAUGGGAAAAUGAUGCGAGACUAUGAAUUGUUUGGAGAUUUGUUAGUUCACGAUACGACGUAUCGUACUAACAAAUAUGAUAUGAUUUGUGGUCCAUUCGUUGGUAUGAACCAUCACUGUAUGAACGUCAUGUUUGGAUGUGGUUUUUUGUUGAACGAGAGGAUUGAGUCGUUCGUAUGGUUGUUUAGGUCAUUUUUAAGAUCAAUGAAUGGGAAAAGUCCCCAAAGUAUAAUGACCGAUCAAUGCGCUGCCAUGGCUGCUGCUAUUUCCCAAGUUUUUCAGACCUCAAGACAUCGCCUAUGUAUAUGGCAUAUCGGUGAGAAUUCAAAGAAGCACAUCAAGGGACUAAGAAAUCAAAAAGAUUUUCUAGACAUAUUCAAUUGUCUGUUGAAACAUACAGAUACGGAGGCAGAGUUUGAGCUUUAUUGGACAAGUUGCAAGCUGUUCACUGAAACCGGGAUCUUAUGCUGUCACUGUUUACGCAUUUUAAACGUGCAUUGUGUGUCUGAAGUUCCAAAUAAAUAUAUUCUGAAGAGAUGGACUAAAAGAGUUUUGGAAGACGAGAAUGCUGAAAACAGCGAAGCACGCAAAAUUUUUGAGCAAGCAGUGUUAGAUGCCAAGAGAAAAGUUGAACAUGAGUAUGACCCUAUUUUCUUUGAAGGUGAAGAUUGUGAUGUGGAAUCGUCAAGCGGUGUUAUAAAGGAUCCAUCAAACAGGCGGUUGAAAGGGUCUCAAGUUGAAGAUGCUAUUUCUAAUAUUGCUGGUAAUGGAUACCUGGUUCAUCCAAUGUCUGGAGGUUCAACUUUUUGUCAUUUUAGGUCAAAUUCAAAUCAAGAGGACAAUUAG